CGUUGUCUCCUUCUCUUUACCAGCCGAUCCAUCAGUCAGCUAUUGCGUUAAUAAAUUAUAUAAUAACGACCAGCACAACAACGAUCUCCCGAAGCGAAACGGUCUCUUCUUCCUUACUUCGAGAGUUUACACCCGACUUUCUGUCCCCAUUGACGACCACACCUACCUAUUCCAAAAUGGGAUACAAGUGGCAGUUUAAAGAUGAACACGGCAAGUGGAUCGACUACGGAAAAGUCAGCUCUGGCAAUAUCCAGGCUUGUACAGUGACUGCCUCUUCAGAAGCUAUAGAGCGAGCGUUUGCUAAAAAUCCAAAAGCGAGACUCCUAAUCAAGAGUCCUGCUCAUCAGUAUAGACUUGAUUUCAACACGAUGAAACAGACAAACCUGAGAACCCAAGUCACCAGGGACGUGCGAAGAGUUGUGGAUAACUCUUCCACUAACGUGAGUUUGUUUAAUCAAGCGCGGAGAGUUGCGGAUAACGCUUCCACUAACGUGAGUUUGUUUAACCAAGCAAGUAUUAAUACAAUAAUGGGCAUUACUACUUCAUUCUUGAAAACGCUCAUCGAAGACGAACCUCCUCAAAUCCCUAAUGGACAAAAGUGUUCCACGGUGUCAAUUGCACCGAACCAUGUUGACUACGCGAAAGUUCUAGCUUUCCUCAAACCCACCUUACCAAACUGCAACCCCAAGAGCAUCUUUAAAAUUAACAACCCUUACCUAAAAACUGCGUUUGAAAACAAGACAGCUCAACUUCAGAGUCAAUAUCCAACUGUUCAGUACAGGGUACAUGGUCUUUUCCAUGGCACAAGCUCAAAAAAUAUCCAAGCCAUAGCCGAAGAAAACAUCGAUUGGCGACUGCAUGGAUCCUGCAUAGGACAAAAAUACGGAAGAGGAGCUUAUUUCUCGAACCAAGCAAGUGAAUCUCGUCUCUAUGGCGAUACAAUUUUCAUCUGCAAUGUUCUCGUAGGACUCACCACCACCGGCGACUCAAAUACCAUCAAGCCUCCAAAAGACGGAUCCAACCGCCUCAUCGACACCACGGUUAACGAUACCGCUAACCCGAGAAUAUUUGUCAAGUAUGAUUCUCAGGAGUACUUCCCGGUGUACUACGCCUUGUUCUGAAGUGUAGAGUACUUCCCGUUGUACUACGCCUUGUUUUGAAGUUUAUAGCACUACCCGGUGUACUAAGCGUUGUUCUGAAGUGUAGAGUACUUCCCGGUGUACUAAGCGUUGUUCUGAAGUGUAGAGUACUACCCGGUGUACUAAGCGUUGUUCUGAAGUGUAGAGUACUUCCCGGUGUACUACGCCUUGUUUUGAAGUGUAUAGCACUACCCGAUGAGUGCUACUAUACUAUGUGGUUGCUCGCAUGCGCUACAGUUGCGCAAAGCGAGCUUCUUUCGAGCUUUCGAAGACUAUAGUAUACAUCAAUGCUGUUUUGCGUUUAGUCUAUCUAAUUGUGUCUAAUGUUCUUGCCGUGGAGGUACGUUACUCGAUAGCUCUGUGAUAAUAUUUGUGAUUGUUCAAUUUUUGUAGGAAUCGUUUUGUGUUAUACAGAUUAUUCGAGCGUAUUACUUUGUUAUUAUAUAUUCACCUGCUCCAGUUAGCUAUUUCAAGUGCUUUUUUUGUUCUAUUUCAGCAAGGCCUCGAUUUUUCGACUUUAAUCUUGUGGGAUUGAAUUUGAAACGCAUGGUUAGGGUUAAGUUUUAUGGUUGGGCUUGUUCGAG